GGCCUGGGCCAUCGAUCUGGCAACGCCGCCAGUUGAUGCAAUUUUUUUGAGCCAUUUGUUUUGAAUAUAAAAUUUCGAGUGAAUCCCAGGAGCCCCAGUGCCGCCGCCCGGCCGUGAAAUCGCCACGGAGCACACCAGAUCCAUAGUUUCCAGCCCCAGACCCCGGUCGGCAGCCCCCCCGCCCCUCGUCUGGCCCACAGAGUCGCAGCCCAUGAAAUCCCACAAGUGAAUCGCGUCGAGAAUCCAACAGUCGCGUGCGUGAUUCGCUCGAUAUCGGUCGUUAUAUAGCCCCCAUAGCCCCCAUAGCCGCCACAGAAGUCGGGCCACGAUGAGCAGCGCGACGGGGACGCACAAGAAGUACGCCAAGUUCAAGUACUACAUGGAGAAGUGCUACGUGCUGCCGCUGGAGCUGAAGAACGACAUCAUCUACUGCCAGCGUGCGCUGCGCGACUUCCUCAAGGUGCACGGGUUGGUCUCGGACGUCUUCAAGGAGCAGGCGGAUGCGGACCCCGUGCAGAUGCGCCGCAUCCUGGACGAGCUGGAGGAGGAGGUGUACGAGAUCAACGCCGAGCAGCAGUUCCUGCUGCUGCGCCUCAACGACGACCUGGAGGGCUUCUGCAUGAAGCUGAAGGAGAACAACAUCACCACCAUGCCGGAGCUGGCCAACGAGUUCGUCUCCGGCCAGAUAGUGCCUUUGAUCGCCGACCCCAGCUACAAGAUCAGCCCGCAGUCGGUGAUGUGCCGCGACAACGAGGAGAUGCUCAUCCGCAAGCACUUCCUGCUGAGCCAGGACGACGAGGCGGGUGUGCCGCCGCUGAAGCUCAGCGACCUGGACGAGAACAUACCGCUGAUGCUGGCGCCGCCGGUCAGGGGAGUGGGCCAGCAGAUUGCCGCCGUCAAUCCGCAGCUCAAGUGGCCCAAGGUCGAGGAGCAGCCGGUGACGGGGCCGCAGCCAACGCCGCCGCCGCCACCGCUGCCGCCGCUGCAAUCCCAGCUGGAGAUGAUGAGCCGCUCGCUGGACUCGCAUCCUCUGAAGCGCAAGAACAUCACCUGCACCUCGCCGCCGCCCCUGGCGCCCAUUACCCAAACAGUGGUGGUGCCACCGCCCAUCGCUCCAUCAUCAACCUCCUCCUCCUCCUCCUCCGCCUCAUUGCAGCCGCCGAAUCCGCCGCUGGACUUCGAGGUGGUGGCCCAGAGCCGCAAGAACCUGCACCAGGCCCUGAAGCGGGCCCGCAAGACCAAGCAGCAGCCGCGUCUGUGCGACGAGGAGGAGGACCUGGAGAUCACCAGUCUGGAGAACAGUCGCAAGGGCAAGGCCAGCGAGCUGAGGAAGUCGCCGCCACCGCUGGAGGUGGCCACGAGCACUGCCGCCAGCCAGGCGCCCACUGCGUUGGGCAAGAAGGCGACGCCACAGUUGCCAACUCAGGCAGCGGCGGCGAAGAGCGCUGCGUACAAGACGCGCAACACUCGCAGGAAGUCCUCGCCGACGCCCACUUCGAACACCCAGCCGCAGCCGGCGGUCUCGCCGUCCGGCAGCUCAGACGAUUCCAGUGCGGAGCUGCAGCAGGAGCAGCAGCGGCUGCACGCCUCCGCCGCCCAGUGGCGCGACGAGCCGCGCGAGAACCGCACCCAGCCGGCGGACUACGGCCAGGAGACGUUCCUCGGCCUCUUUGGCCUGUACACGCCCGAGGUGCUCAAGAAGCUCAACCAGCGCCACUCGAAGCGCAAGCGCCGCACCGUUCAGAAUGCCAGCGGCGUGGACUUCCACUAUGGCCAGCAGCUGAAUGCCAUGGACACGCUGGUGCUGGGCGUGCGCGGCCACAAGAAGGCCAAGGACAAGCCGGAGUUCCUGCUGUCGCCCAAGGAGAAGCGUCUGCAGGCCAACUCGAAGAGGGUCUACACGCGCAAGAGCAAAUCGCCGGACAAGCUUACGGAGAAGGGCACUGGCGGAGGAGCAGCAGCAGGGGGAGCAGGAGGCGGAGGAACUGGGGUUUCCCCCUGCCAGCAUGGCGAGAGCGGCGCCUCCAAGUGCCGCAAGUGCCGCGAGUGCAGAGAGUGCAAGCGCCGAGUGGAGCCCGAGGCGAUGUACUGCCACUUCUGCAGUGGCUUCUACCACCUGGACUGCCACGAGAGCACCAAGAACCGGCAGCAGAUGCAGCUGCAGAACUCCCGCUGCCCGCCGUGUCUGCGCGAGCAGGUGGAGAAGUAGCGUGAUAGCAAGUGAACGGGAUGUGGGACACUUAUGGCACUAUUUUCCCGCUUCCUGUUUGAAAACCAAAAGUUGUUGGAUGGAUCGGGUUAGUUGCCCCUCGGUCCCAUGGACAAGGGCCCUUAUUGGAUGCCUCCCUUGCUGAACUCCACUGUUCCACAGCCCCCGUGCGACCUGAAGCCACCUUUUUCUAUUGCGGAGCAGGACGAGGGAUAAAAUGACCUUAAGUUUUUUUCGUACAUUAAUGAAACUCUUCUAGUUAAGUUUGUAUGUGCAUUGGCAUACGCAAAAGUGAUUCAAAUAAAUAUAUACGCAUAUUA